CCUGGUGGUUGAAUCCCUCAACAAAUAUUUUCAAACGCUUUUAUUGAUAGAUAUUCCUGUUCAUGUGAAUCAUGCCUCGUAAAAAGGAGCUCUCAGAAGAUUUACGAGCCAAAAUUGUUGAUUUGCACAAAACUGGAAAAGGGUAUAAAACAAUAGCACGCACUUUGGGUAUUCAUCUCUCCACAGUCAGAGAGAUUGUGCAUAAAUGGAGACGAUUCAAUACUGUGGCUACUCUGCCGAGAAGUGGACGCCCUACAAAGACGUCUGCAAAGACAAAGAUCAUCAACGAGGCUGGUCAUGGCUCUACUGAGCCAAAAGGUAACAGAAGAGGAGAUUCAAACCAUAAAAAGGCUCAUCAUGGGUCUGCUGGGCCAGCAGAUGAUAGAACAGAUUCAGACCAUCAAACGGCCACUCAUGUGUCUGCUGGGCCUACAGAUGACAGAAGAGGAGAUUCAGAGCAUGUAAUGCAUAUUGCGAGAGAUAACACAGUCUACAAUGAUGGGGACACAGAUUCUUACUCAUCUGAUUCUGACGAAGAUGAAGAUCCUACGGCCAGUCAUCUGUCAGCUGGGAAAGCAGAAACCAAAGAGGUAGAUCCAGACCAUGAAAUGCACCAAGAACCGACGAGCUGUGCUUCAUCUGAUGAUGAAACUACAGAAGAAGAUCCAACAGAGCAGUAUUUCUGUGAAGAGAAGAAGAUAUAUGCUGGUUCCUCAGUCACAAUGGGAGCCCUCCUCCUGCUCCUCCUGGCGUUCAUUGUGAAGCACGGCUUGUCAAAACUUGGGAAACAUUUCACGAGGGAUGAUUCCUUUUCUGAUGUCCACACUGGAAACGAAUACAAGAAUGAAAGACAAGACGGCAGUAUUACACUCACCUUCAACUGCGAUGGCUCGCCCGUGUUCAGCUCCUCAAAAUACUCCAUCUGGCCCAUCCUGUGUACCAUCAAUGAACUACCGUUCACCUGGCACCUCAGUGAAGCCUGGGCCAGGGGGUCAGAGGUCGCCCACCGAACCUGCACUUCUCCCUCUUACCCCUACACCCCAUCUCACCCCUUUCCUCCCCUUAUACACCGGCCCCCUUUAGCUGCUGUCACCCUACACUGUCUUCUGUUCCAACAACUGGGACUGCCACCUUAUAGCCUCACUCACAAAUUCACAGAGCUGCCACGUCCAUCCUCCCCCAGCACUUGUUUCUCGCCUGUGAGCAUCAUCCAGUCAGCUUGA